GUAAUCCCACACCCGGAUUCCCACUACGCGCCUCACGUCGACGACUCGUCCUGCCGUCUCCUUCACGCGUCAUCUUCGUUCGCCGCUUCAGUGGCUUAGUCCACUCCCACCUUCCCGUCGCGUCCCAACCGAACAAAGGCAAGGUCCAUUAAUGGCGCCUCCGCUGAUUUAGCCUCUCUCAUGGUACCAAUAGUCCGCGUGGGGACUGGGGGUGCCGGGGGAGAGUGAAGGCAGCGCGACUUCAGGGUCGAGGAGUUGGACUGCGUCUGCUUGCCUUGCUGGAGCUCCCACCGCCACAUGGGCUACCAACCCAAGCACGGCGGCGGAGGCCCGGGGGCCGCAGGAGGCGGCGGCGACCUCCUGCCGCGCUUGCAUAGCCCCCGCGUCGCCGGAGGAGGCUACAUGACCCGCCGCGCCAACUCGUUCAAGCGCUGCCCCGGCGGCGAGAUCGAGCUCCAGAUCGGCUCCCCGCGCUCGCCGCGGACCGAGUGCGUCGGGAGCCCGCCCGCCGAGCCGUCGGAGGCGUCGUCGUCCAGUACCUACGCCUCCAUCGGCUCGGCCGCCGGGGGCGGCGGCGGCGGCCUCCACCACCAGCAGCACCUUCGGUUCCGCCUCUUCAAGCGGCCGGGCUCCAGUGGUGGUGCCGGCGAGGUCGUUCUGGGGCUGGGGAUCCGGGAGAGGAGGAAGCUCGGCAACCUGCUGUUCUUCGCGUUUUGUGGCGUCUGCCUGAUUCUCGGCGUCGCCAAGAUCUGGGCGGGCGGCUGGUUCGGGCUUCCUGGCGAUGAUUUGCAGGAUCUCUCUGUCUCCUUCUCCAGUGAUAAAAGGCAUCAAGUUAAUCACUUUGGAUACAUGAGAGGGAAAGAGAGUGACAGGAUGUUGAUGACAGUGGAAUCUAGGAUUGGCGAAAGAGAAGGCAUUGUGGCUGAGGCCUCUGAUGUCUGGUCUCACCCAAGCAGUGAACAUUUCAGACAAUGCAUUGUCUCAAACUCACAUAAAAAGAAUGAUUCUCAAACAACUGGCUACGUUCUCAUAAAUGCAAAUGGAGGUUUGAAUCAAAUGAGAUUUGGGAUAUGCGACAUGGUUGCUGUUGCUAAGAUCCUGAAGGCAACACUGGUUCUACCUUCACUUGAUCAUACAUCCUACUGGGCAGACGACAGUGAAUUUAAGGACCUUUUCAAUUGGAGACACUUCAUUGACUCACUGAAAGAAGACAUUGAUAUUGUUGAAAUGCUACCUCCCGCAUACAAGCAAAUUGAGCCUAUGGCCAAAGCUCCAAUUUCCUGGUCAAAGGUCAAUUAUUACAGAGAUGAAAUACUCCCUCUCUUGAAGAAACACAAAGUCGUUUACUUUACUCAUACUGAUUCUCGCUUAGCAAACAAUGACCUUCCUAGUCAUAUUCAGAAACUAAGAUGCCGAGUUAACUAUAGAUCUCUGAAGUAUUCUCGUACAAUUGAAGAUCUUGGUGCUACCUUAGUUUCGAGAAUGCACCAGGAUGGAAGCCCGUAUCUUGCUCUCCAUCUAAGGUAUGAGAAGGAUAUGCUAUCUUUUACUGGUUGCAGCCAUGGCUUGACAUCAGAUGAAGAGCAGGAGUUACGUAAGAUGCGUUUUGAGGUCAGUCAUUGGAAAGAGAAAGAAAUCAAUGGAACUGAGAGAAGAAGUAUGGGUGGCUGUCCUUUGACUCCAAGGGAAACUUCACUUUUGUUGAAAGGUUUGGGUUUCACACGAAGCACCAGAAUUUACUUGGUUGCGGGUGAAGCUUUUGGCAAUGGAAGCAUGCAGGCACUGGUGGACGAUUUUCCCAAUAUCUAUUCCCAUUCUACCCUUGCAACAAAAGCGGAGCUCGAGCCCUUCAAAAAUCAUCAAAAUAUGCUUGCUGGUCUUGACUAUAUUGUAGCUCUCCAGAGUGAUGUCUUUAUUUACACUUACGAUGGAAAUAUGGCAAAAGCUGUACAAGGCCAUAGACGUUUUGAGAACUUCAGGAAAACAAUUAACCCAGAUAGGAUGGGUUUUGUGAACUUGGUUGAUGAAUUUGAUGAAGGAAGAAUUCCUUGGGAGGAAUUCAGUUCAGAAGUGAAAAGGUCACACAGUGAUCGAACAGGAGCUCCAUAUUUUAGGGAGCCUGGAGAAUUCCCAAAGCUAGAGGAGUCUUUCUUCGCUAAUCCCUUGCCUGGCUGUAUAUGUGAGAAACAUAGUGAACAAUGAAUGGGUAAUCAAGUCCAUUAGAUGAUUCUUUGACCAACCACUCCUCCCAGAAGACAUAGGGUCCUCGGCUUCCUGCCAGCUCAGCCCUGAUCGAUGAAUUUAGAGUCGAGGCAUGGCACAUUGCACCUCCAUUUGAAGUGCUUCCCCUGCUGAAGUUCACUGGAAGAAAAUUGACAGGUGUUCAAAUUAUGCAAGCAAUUGACAAUAUGGCAUGCCCUGCUGAAGCUCACUGGAAGAAAAUUGCCAGCUGUUCAGAUUAUGCAAGCGAUUGGCAAUAUGGCAUUGGUAAAUUAACUCCCUUGCAACCAGAGCAUCUGGUUACCCGGCCUCUAUUGCAACGACUUCGAAUGGUAUAUAGUACGAACUACGCUGGAGUAUGCACUUGGUGUUCCCAUUAUUGCUGCUCCUGUCUCCUGCUUGAGUUGUAUUUUAUGUAGACAACACUGGAUAUACACACAUGUACAAAAUGGGUGCGUUGUGCCCUUAUGUGUGCUGUGUACAACUGAAUAUUUUUACACGUGUUUUAUUGAGAUAUACGCAGAAGUAAAUGGUAGAGAUCUUGCCGAGGCUCGCAUUGAGUCUGGUUUAAGUACUUCUGA